GGAUAAACAGUAAUGGCGGAGGCUGCGGCUCCCGGAACAACAGCCACAACAUCAGGAGCAGGAGCGCCAGCCGCAGGGGCAGCGGCUUCCCUCACCCCUAUCCCCACAGUCGCUGCCCUGUCCCCGGGGACGGGUGGAGGGGGCAGUGGCAGCGCCGGCAGCAGCGGCGGCUGGACGAAACAGGUGACCUGCAGAUAUUUUAUGCAUGGGGUUUGUAAGCAAGGAGAUAACUGUCGAUACUCGCAUGACCUUUCCGACAGCCCAUACGGUGCAGUAUGCAAGUAUUUUCAACGAGGGUGCUGUGUGUACGGAGACCGCUGCAGAUACGAACACAGCAAGCCACUGAAACAGGAGGAAGUGACUGCAACAGACCUGAGUGCAAAACCAUCCCUUGCUGCUUCCUCAAGUCUCUCUUCGGGAGUUGAAUCACUUGCUGAAAUGAAUCCAGGCGAAGCUGAGUCAAGAAACCCAAACUUUGCAGCUGUAGGAGCAGGUUCAGAGGACUGGGUGAGUGCCAUUGAGUUUGUACCCGGGCAGCCUUACUGUGGCCGUACUGCCCCUUCCUGCACUGAAGUACCCCUGCAGGGCUCAGUGACCAUGGAAGAAUCGGAGAAGGAGCCAACUGCAGUGGUGACAAAGAAGCAGCUUUGCCCCUAUGCUGCAGUGGGAGAGUGUCACUAUGGGGAAAACUGUGUGUAUCUCCACGGAGACUCCUGUGACAUGUGUGGCCUACAGGUCCUGCACCCAAUGGAUGCUGCCCAGAGGUCACAACACAUAAAAUCUUGCAUUGAGGCCCAUGAGAAGGACAUGGAGCUCUCUUUUGCUGUGCAGCGCAGCAAGGACAUGGUAUGUGGGAUCUGCAUGGAGGUGGUCUAUGAGAAAGCCAACCCCAGUGAGCGCCGCUUUGGGAUCCUGUCCAACUGCAACCACACCUACUGUCUCAAGUGUAUCCACAAAUGGAGAAGUGCUAAGCAAUUUGAGAGCAAGAUCAUAAAGUCCUGCCCCGAAUGAAGGAUCACAUCUAACUUUGUCAUUCCAAGUGAGUACUGGGUGGAAGAGAAAGAAGAGAAGCAGAAACUCACUCAGAAAUACAAGGAGGCCAUGAGCAACAAGGUGUGCAGGUAUUUUGAUGAAGGAUGUGGGAGCUGCCCCUUUGGAGGGAACUGUUUUUACAAGCAUGCGUACCCUGAUGGCCGUAGAAAGGAGCCACAGGGACAGAAAGUGGGAACAUCAAGCAGAUACCGGGCCCAACGAAGGAGCCACUUCUGGGAGCUCAUUGAGGAGAGAGAGAACAACCCCUAUGACAACGACGAAGAGGAGGUUGUCACCUCUGAGCUGGGCGAGAUGUUGCUUAUGCUUUUGGCUGCAGGUGUGGACGACGAGCUGACAGACUCUGAGGACGAGUGGGACUUGUUUCACGAUGAGCUGGAGGAUUUUUAUGACUUGGAUCUAUAGCAGCUUUGCGUGGCGUGGGAACUGGUCUGCGGAGCCUCAGACAGUAGCUGUCCCCUGUGCUGUGUGGCAGUGCGUGUGGCUCUCCUAGGCAGGCCUCUCGGACUCCAGUGCUGUUGUCCUCACUCCCCAGGGCCUGCUCCUCUACCCUCACCUUCCCCCAAGAGUGUGUUGUUUUCUGUUUCAAAAAGUUACAAAAAUAAA